UCCGUCAAGCAAGCCACAGUAACGAACAGUCACCCACAACAUGUCCUCCGCAUCCGAAAAGUACCUCGCCCUCACGCAAACCAAAGGCAAAAUCUCCCCGCAGACAGCCAGCGAUCUCUUCGACCAGCUCCCACCCAUCAAACCCUCGCAACUUCUUGGCAGCUGGAUCGGAGGGUUCGUCAACACCGGCCACCCCACGGGGCCCACGUUGGAGGAGAUCCAGUGGGUGGGCAAGGAGUUUUAUUCGGUGGAUGACGUGGACCCCGUGAUUGUGUCCCAGGACGGCCAGAGAGCCAGCUGGGGGCAAUGGGGGCGGGCUACUUUGCGAGAGAUGGUGUAUCGCGGGGUUCUGUCGACGGUGAUGAUCUACGACGACCGCCCCGUGUUUGAUCACUUCCGGUACGUGGAUGAGAAUCUGGUUGCCGGGAUUAUGGAGGGGAAGGCGGUCGAGGGCGGAGAUUUCCAUUUCUAUCUGCGGCGGUAGGAUUGGGGUGUGUGUGUCUAUUAAAGGUCAGGUGGAGGGUUAGUUUAGAGCAACAUGAGCUAGCCUGUCAUUUCCAGCUAUGGGAGCCUCCCUGAUUUUCCUUUCAUUGAUCAGUAGCAUGUUUGGACCGAGAGAAUGCAGCAGAGGCGU